UGUGUUGCUGUUGCUAUGGAAACUGGUCGAUGGCAACAGCCUCCAGUGUGUCCUCCCUCCUCCUCUCUUCUCCUCUCCUCUCCUCCUCCUCUCACAGAGCAGAGGGAGCAGAGGUUCCGCUGCUGCUGCCGCUGUCACCCACAGAUGAUGAGACGCUACAAGAUGGCGGUGACGCGGCUCGUGUCUUGUCUCGCGCUGUGCUCGAGCCUCGGCCAAAUCCCAUCGUCAGUCGGGGUGACGCUUCGGACCACGGACAAGAUUGUGUGGGCGAAUGAGUUUGAACCCAUCGAGUUGACCUGUUUAAUAGAGUCCAUUUCUACAAACAACCCGAGGAUUGAAUGGAAAAAGAUCAAAAACGGCAUUCCCAGUUAUGUUUACUUUCAAAACAAGAUAUCAGGCGACCUGGAGCACAGAGCUCAGCUCAGAGAACCGGCCAACAUCAUGAUCUUCAACACCACUCGCUCUGACACGGCGGAGUAUCGCUGCGAGGUGGCCGCCAUUGAUGAUCAAAGGGACUUUGAUGAGAUUCUUAUUAGUCUUGCAGUGAGAGUGAAACCGGUGGUGCCUCGGUGCAGCAUUCCAGAAUCUGUCACCGUGGGAACGACGACGGAGCUGCGAUGUCUGGAGAACGAGGGUUUCCCCGCUCCUCUGUACCGCUGGUUCCACAACAGCGAGGAGCUUCCUCAGGAUCCUAAAAACAGCCCCAAGUUUGUCAACUCCUCGUACACCAUCAACCCCGACACUGGAGGUCUGAAAUUUCGUCGGGUGAGGAAGGAGGACGCAGGAGAGUAUUACUGCCAGGCCAAGAACGACGCGGGACACGCACAGUGUCCGCCGCAAACCAUGGAAGUCUAUGACAUCGACAUCCUCGGGAUUUUCCUCAAGUGCUUUGGCGCGGUGAUCGUUUUCUUCUGUGUGACCGCGUCCAUUUGUCAUUACCUCAGACGUGGAUGCUUCCACAAAAAAGGUCACAACGACAACAAUUAUAACUGGCCAGCUCAGCGUGACGGUGUUGACUACGGUGACACAGACGAGGGCCACUUUCGCCACAAGAGUUCGUUCAUCAUUUGACGACCGAGAGAGAGAGCGAGAGAGAGAGAGAGAGGAGACGAGACGAGAUGGAACCGAGGCAAAAAACAAACAAACAAACACAAACUGUUAAGGUUAAACUUGCAACAAUGAGACGUAACAUGGCACAUGAUUCUCUGAUGCACAUCAAAAGCAAACCAACUUGCCAAAGUAAUUUUAAAAUCAUUUUGUAGCACAGUUUUCUCUUUUAUUUAUACUGAAAAAAAAAAUAUAUGUAUUUGGUUGGUAUUGAUUUCCAUUUGAAACAAUUGGUUUUUACUACGGAAGCUUUUUUCUGCCACUUUCUGAAAAAAAGGCAAGCACAACUGAGUCAUAAUUAUGAGACGCUAAGUCAUGGUAAUAGAUGCUAAGUCAUAGUAUCUUAUAAUUUAUAACUUAAUAUCUCAUAUUUAUGACUUAGUAGAUCAUAUUUAUGACUUUAUGUCUCAUGAACUGAGCCUCUUUUUUUCCCCCAAGUGGCAGUAACAUGCCUCCAUAUUUUACAUUUUAAUUUAAUUAAGUUGUUUGUUUUUUAUUACAAAUUUUCCAGCAUAUUAUUAUUUAUUUUUAUUUAAGAACACCAGUUAUGUCAAAGCUGUGAUAUUUGCUCCACGGUGUCAGAAGCUGGAAGCUGCAUCAGUCUGUCCACAUUUUCUCCGGACAAUUUUGUUAAAAUUCGUAAUCUUUUUACCGAGUACACUGACAUUUCUUUUUGGUUUUUUAUUGUUAUUAUUAUUAUGUUGUUGUUUUUGUUCAUAAGUUCGUUGCACGUGGGGUGAAAGGUGAGGAAACUUGCUCUUGUAGAAACUGUCGUUAUACAGACAACUAGUAGCAGACUGCAAAAGAGUGAUUAGCACUAAUUGACAUGGCACAAUUUAUUAGCCUUUAUUAUAUUUACAUACAAUAAACAAGUAUUUACGAGUACAGAAUAACCACUGAGUUUGAAAACAAACAAACACAUGUAUCCCACUAUGCUGCAGAAUUAUUACAGACUAUAACGGUGGUGGAGUAUGAUUUUCAGAGUGCUGUUUCUGUGUAUAAGUGACCUUCUGUACUUACUUAUUCUGUUAGUAUUGGACAUAUUGUCCAGUUUUUUUGAUUACUGAGUAUUAAUGUACAUAAAUAUACAUAUUUUGACCUUUUGAUUUUCAUACAUUGCCCUCCAUACCUUAUUAUGUACAUAUGGCGAUAAAACUGUUGGAAAAUAAAAUGUACAGUAUUUACUGUUGGGUGUGUGUGUCUACAGUGUCGGUGAUAACCGUUUAUUCUUUAUUUGUGUAUGAACUCAGGAACCGUUCGUUUGAUAUUACUGCUACUACAUGUUCAUGUUAUUUUGUUACUAUUAAAUACAGUUGAACUGUACAUGUUUUUUGAGAUUCUGAGGUUUUUGUGAAAAAAAUAUUAAAAUAUUAU